GCUACGCAAGGCCAGAAGGAAUCUGGACACAACAGAGGGGAGGGAUUACUCGUUCUUCAUAAGACAGCAGACACACUGAGUGCACUCAGCGUAGUUUGCACAGUUGCACAAAGAGAGAAAGCUCCACAGACACGGACUGCAUUCUUAGGACAUGGGUAUUCACGGAUCCAAGCACCAGAAACAAGCACAAGUCCUGAUGCUGGGCCUGGAUGGAUCAGGAAAGACCACGCUGCUUUACAAGCUGAAGUACAACGAGAGUGUGGUGACAGUGCCCACUGUGGGUUUCAAUGUGGAGACACUGGAGACGGACAGGAGCAGCCCAGCACUGAUUGUGUGGGACGUCGGGGGCCAGAAAAAGAUGAGGCCCCACUGGAGGCAUCACUAUACCGACACAGCUGGAGUGGUGUUUGUGGUGGAUAGCAGGGACCUGAAACGGUUGGACGAGGCCCGCAAGGAACUCCAUCGGAUUCUGAGGUACGAGAGUCUCAGGGAGGUUCCUCUCUUGGUCCUCGCCAACAAACAGGACCUACCCGGAGCUCUGAGCCCAGAGGAGCUUUGCCUGAAACUUGAUUUGAGAAAAGUGUGCGAAGGCAGGGCCUGGUACAUCCAGCCGUGCUCGGCCACAACUGGGAUGGGACUCGAGGAAGGUUUCAGGAGGAUAGUGUAUCUCAUGAAGACCCCACUGAAACGGACUCAAGAGGACAUUAAGGUGAAGAUGAGGUCUAAAGGCUUCAGUGUCACGGCUAUGAAACAAGCCUUGGUCUGCGGCAGCUGAUGGAUGAAGACUUUCUUUAGUUUUAUUCAUGCACCGUGCAGGAUUUCCCCCUGCCUGCCUCUGCAACACAUCACUGAACGGCCUGAGUCACAGUCAGAGUGCAAUAGUCAGAGAUAAGAAUGCGUAUCACACUGAGGGCAAAGUGUCCUCAAACUGUGACUGCAGACCACUAGUAUUCUGUGAAAAAUCUUGGAUUAGCAGAUUAUGGGAAAAGUCUCAAGCUGUCAUAGGCAAAAAUUUAGCCUGAUAAUACAUAAAAAAGCUGAUAGCAGUUGGUGGUUGUUCAAGUUUUCUCAGCUCAGCUGUGCACUUAACUUGUUUAUCUUUUAAUCUGUUAUUUGUGUUAUUGUUAUUGUCACAAUAUUAAAAUAUUCAGAGUUAGUGGUAGAUUAUCUUCAGGGACACAAAUGUGAAUACAAAUCAUAUCUACUGUAUAUCUAAGGUUUGAAUUGUGUAUUUUCAUUUGUCCUGUAUUUUUUUCUAAUUAAAUAAAAGUAUUUGAAUCAGGCAGGUUUGUGGAAAAGUGGUACUGCAGUACUGCAAAAUGAGCAUGUUAGCGUAGCCAAUGACAGCAGGAAUAGCCUCCUUGGUUUUGCCUUUCAGGAUGUGUUCACAACAAGUCUUUUGUUAAUUGUAACUUGUUCAAACUUGUUGCAUUGAGGGAAUGUAAAAAUAAUUGAAAUGAUUGAAAUGAAAUCCUCCAAAGCUUCCUCCUCCUAGUUUACACGUCACAAGCAAACAGAUGCUCCGUGUUACCUCAUGGACUAAUCCUCGCCCUCCCUCUCUCGGUUGCUCAUAGAGCCUCAGGGUGCUGGACUUUGGGUGGAGAUCUCUGUGAGUUCUUAUGUCUUGACAUCAGUGACAUAUCUGUCCUCCAGCUGGGUGUUGAAGGACUGGUAGGGUGAAUGUACUGAUAGCUUGGAUCUUAUUCCUACUGUUGAGCUGGCUUUCCAGUGCUUGUCUUAACUUCUGGAGUUAUUCCUGAUCUUUAUCAUGGUUCCAGUCGGCCUGUGGGCCUGAUUUGACCACACUUAUCCAGACCAAGUGACAGUAUUUAACCCUCUAAAGCCUCUUCUAUAAUAUUUGAUUCAUGUUUUUGAGUUUUUGAGGAUUCUUCAACAUCAGUAUGACAUUUCCCCCCUGAAAAGGCCAAAUAAAUUGCACAACACAUUUUUAAGCAAGAAA